AUGCCGACGAGUAGUGAAAGUCUUACUGCAGCGAAACCACUUCGAAUAUUUUUUUAUAAAGCUCAACGACUACAACCACAACAACGACAAAAACUACCAGUAAGAGAUUUAUUGCAUAUUGAUUCAUUUAUUUAUUUAUGUUUUGUAUUGUUUUUAGCUACUACAGUUAAAUGUGUUUCACCUUACGUGCAAGAACCUUCCGGAAAUUGUAUUAAUGUAUUAAUCGAUAUUAACAAUUGUGGUAAGAUUAAUAACGUAUGUCCAUCAACCUACACAAGCUGUUCAGCUGGUUUAUGUAGUACUCUAUCAAGUAUCAAAAUAAUUAAUGGAACAUUCAUAUGGGCAGCUUCUGUCAAUGGAUCAGUCGAUGAUAAAUACUUUACUAUAAGUGUACCAUUUAAUAUCACUCUUUAUAAUACGACGACAACCUCUAUCACAGUAACAACUAAUGGUGUGAUUUGUCUUCAAAGCUGUUCUACUACUUUCACUGAAACUGCUCUUCCUACUAGUGCGUUUUCUGGUGCAACAAUUCUACCAUAUUGGGAUGAUCUGUACAUUUUUGUCAACACAUCACAAGGCAUAUACUUUGAUAAACAAGGUAAUACUCCAAAUCGAACGUUCAUCAUUGAAUAUUACUGUAGUCAUUAUCAACAAUCUACUGACUAUUAUAAUUUUCAAGUUGUAUUCUUUGAAAAUAUGCCUGGUAUUGUUCAAUUUAUUUAUUAUGAAGUUACUGAUGAAGGUGCCUCUGCUACUGUUGGUAUUCAAGGUAACGAAGCAAAACAAUAG